GCGUCCUUGAGGUUUCUAUCGAGACAUGUUUGUUUGUUGUCUUGGUUGACAGUUCAUUCCAAAUCCUUGCAUUGGAAGCAUCAUGAGCGAAGUACUUGUUACGAGUUUGUUGUUCAUGCUGUUAGCAUGCAGUGAGUUGGGAUCAGGACAACAGCAGCAGAAUGUCGACAACAUUGAGAUGUCCAUCUACGACAAGAUGUUCGAGAAUAUGGAUGUCAAUUCGCUGCUCAAAAAUCAUCGACUAGUCGAUUCCUACCUGAAAUGUUUCCUAAAUGAGGGAAGCUGCACUCAUAUCGGGCAUGAAGUCAAAAUGAUGAUACCGGAAGUGAUCAAGUCGAGAUGCGGAACUUGUGGAGAGAAUCAGAUGAGAGCUCUGAAAGCCGGACUACGGUUGUUCAUUGUACUGAGACCUGACGACUGGCAGCGCUUUUUGGAUGUGUAUGAUCCCGAUCGAAAGGAGUGGCCCCACAUCAAAGCGUUCAUGGAUUCUGAUGACUAAUAGAAUCACACAUUCUCUCAAUCAUACACAAUUCUCAUUUAUUUUCUGGAUAAGAACUACAAUCUCAAAUAACUUUACCCAGUGCUUUUUAUCAUAGCAGAAAUAUAUUGAUGUCUCAGUAGAUCACAAUAAUUUGAUGAAGACUGAUUCUACUCUGUCAAACUUGCCUCUCUGUUUUAAUAAAUUUGGCUGAUUUACUAUA